AUGGCUCGCAGCUUGUCCUUCGUCGCGGUGGUGGUGGGUGGCCUGAGCGCAUGGGCUUUGUGCCAGUGCUUUGUGAACUCACCCGCCGCAAAGCGUGAGAUCAAUGUUGUCCGAUACGAUGAGAUGCCGGCGGAAAGGCCAGGAUACUACCCGGUGGGCAACGCCAAGCGGACGGCACCUUACGGCGAGCGCGACCCUCUCCCAGAAGGCUAUGGCAUUCGCACUGGUCUGUCGGACCUGCUGAAGCCAUUGAACGCGGAGGCCGGCGUCGUUGCGAAGGAGGACAGCAUCCCCACCGUCCUUGUGAUGGUGUUUGGUAUUGUGAUGCUCUUCCUCUUCUACUUGCUCCUGCUGCUGCUCGACAACCAGUCCGUGCUGCUUCCGCCCGAGGACGAGUUCGACGAGUAUGUGGCCAACUUCUUGCCAUACUUCUUCUUCGGUGAGAAGUGA